GUCUUUUUUAGCGCCAUCUGCUCUCGGCGCCGCCUCCUGCUCCUCCCGUCUCCGCUGCCUCCCUGAGUCACUGCCUGCGCAGCUCCGACCGCCUGGCUCCCCGAACUAGCUGCCGGUAUUUGAAGUUCCUACAACAUGGCAGACAUUGACAACAAAGAACAGUCUGAACUUGAUCAAGAUUUGGAUGAUGUUGAAGAAGUAGAAGAAGAAGAAACUGGUGAAGAAACAAAAAUCAAAGCGCGUCAGCUGACUGUUCAGAUGAUGCAAAAUCCUCAGAUUCUUGCAGCUCUUCAAGAAAGACUUGAUGGUCUGGUAGAAACACCAACAGGAUACAUUGAAAGCUUGCCUAGGGUAGUUAAAAGACGAGUGAAUGCUCUCAAAAACCUUCAAGUUAAAUGUGCACAGAUAGAAGCCAAAUUCUAUGAGGAAGUUCAUGAUCUUGAAAGGAAGUAUGCUGUUCUCUAUCAGCCUCUAUUUGAUAAGCGAUUUGAGAUCAUUAAUGCAAUUUAUGAACCUACAGAAGAAGAAUGUGAAUGGAAACCAGAUGAAGAAGAGGAAAUUUCGGAGGAGCUGAAAGAAAAGGCCAAGAUAGAAGAUGAAAAAAAAGAUGAAGAAAAAGAAGACCCUAAAGGAAUUCCUGAAUUUUGGUUGACUGUUUUUAAGAAUGUUGACUUGCUCAGUGACAUGGUUCAGGAACAUGACGAACCUAUUCUGAAGCACUUGAAAGAUAUUAAAGUGAAGUUCUCAGAUGCUGGCCAGCCUAUGAGUUUUAUCUUAGAAUUUCACUUUGAACCCAAUGAAUAUUUCACAAAUGAAGUGUUGACAAAGACAUACAGGAUGAGGUCAGAACCAGACGAUUCUGAUCCCUUUUCUUUUGAUGGACCCGAAAUUAUGGGUUGUACAGGGUGCCAGAUAGAUUGGAAAAAAGGAAAGAAUGUCACUUUGAAAACUAUUAAGAAGAAGCAGAAACACAAGGGACGAGGGACAGUUCGUACCGUGACUAAAACAGUUUCCAAUGAUUCUUUCUUUAAUUUUUUUGCCCCUCCUGAAGUUCCUGACAGUGGAGAUCUGGAUGAUGAUGCUGAAGCUAUUCUUGCUGCAGACUUUGAAAUUGGUCACUUUUUACGUGAGCGUAUAAUCCCGAGAUCAGUGUUAUACUUCACUGGAGAAGCUAUUGAAGAUGAUGAUGAUGAUUAUGAUGAAGAAGGUGAAGAAGCGGAUGAGGAAGGGGAAGAAGAAGGAGAUGAGGAAAAUGAUCCAGACUAUGACUCGAAGAAGGAUCAAAACCCAGCAGAGUGCAAGCAACAGUGAAGCAGGAUGCUUCCAUAAUUAACUGGAAAAUGAAGUGAAAACACUUCUCUUUUGGAUCUGGCCAGACAACACUCUUUCAGAUCUGUGCAUGGCCCCUAUUUUAAUGAAAAUUGGAUGGGAUGAGUGAACUAUUCAGUAGGUCCAAGGAUUUUUUUCCAGGGUAUCAGAUGACCAUACUGUAACAAAAUACUAUAGAGAUCAUGGGACUAAAGUGGUAAUAAGACCAUUUGGGGAAGGGGAAUGCAAUUAAAUUUGAGACUAUAGAGCCACAUUUAAAAUACCUCAGGCUUAUUACUGUUAAUUUUGGGGGGUGAACUUUUGGUCUGACAGUGAGGGUGAACUAAAUGAAUUGUAACAACAGGAGGGUUUGAGUUUCUGCUGUUAAUAAAAUUACAUUAAGUUCACUUUUAGAAGUAAUAGUUUUCUUUUGAAAAUUUAGUAUUAAGGUUUUAGAAUGUGAAGACAUUUUAUUAUUUGUAUAGAAUUAUCCAUGCCUUUUCCUGAGAUUUUUAACUAACUACUGGAAAUCCUUAACCAAUUAUAAUAGUUUUUUUUUCCUUCAUUUUCAAAAUGAUUUUGAUUGCUUUGACUUCGAUAGUCUGUAAUUUUUUUAACCAUAAUCUAAACACAAGCUUUUUCUGAAUUUAAAAAUUUUGAUCUAAAGAUAGAAUCCCAUUUUUAAUGAAUUGAAAGAAGCAACAAAAUCACUAUUUUUGUUUUAUUCCUUUAGGAAACAGCUAUGCCAAAGUGAAAAGAUAGUAAUACUUCAUCUUGUUAAAUAAUCGGUGUGGUCUGCACAGGAAUUGUUUUCUUUAUAAAAUUGGAGUUUCAGGGAAUGUCAGUGUUCAUUUAUGCCAUUUCUUCAGUUCCAAAGUGGUUCUAUUCCAUUCUAGAAAUUUGAAAUAUGUAAUUUGAAAUCCUUAAUAAAACUUGGAAUUAAUUUUAUAAAAUAUA